GAAAAAAUAUUUAAAGAAAAAAAAAGGUGACAUUUUUUUAUUUACUCCCGUAUUAAAACAAGCCAAACACGCCUUUUAUCUCUCUCCACUUCUCUCCCUCUUGGGACUCUAAGGCAUAUGGCCAGAUAGCGCUUGAAGAAGGAUCCGACGCUCAGACCGAAACCCGUCACCUCUCCCUCUACGGAGCACUGUGUAAGGGUUUCAUCUCAAUCUCACGAAUUCCUUUCAGAUCUAUAUUCCGGUCCCGAUCACCGGCGAGACAAGAAAAAUGUACGGAUUCGAAGCGCUCACCUUCAACGUCCAUAGUGGAUAUCUGGAGGCGAUCGUGCGGGGCCACAGAGCUGGUCUGCUCACCGCCGCCGAUUACAACAAUCUCUGCCAGUGCGAGACCCUCGAUGACAUCAAGAUGCACCUCUCCGCCACCGAAUAUGGACCUUACCUUCAAAACGAACCCUCUCCUCUACACACAACUACGAUUGUGGAGAAAUGCACUCGUAAGCUUGUAGAUGAGUAUAAACACAUGUUAUGCCAAGCUACAGAGCCAUUAUCAACCUUUCUUGAGUACAUCCGAUACGGUCACAUGAUUGACAAUGUUGUCCUAAUUGUAACUGGAACAUUGCAUGAAAGAGAUGUUCAGGAAUUGUUGGAGAAGUGCCACCCUUUGGGCAUGUUUGACAGCAUUGCCUCAUUAGCAGUGGCACAAAAUAUGAGAGAACUCUACAGGCUAGUGCUUGUUGACACUCCAUUAGCUCCAUAUUUCUCUCAGUGCAUUACUUCUGAGGACUUGGAUGACAUGAAUAUUGAGAUCAUGAGGAAUACCCUGUACAAGGCAUACCUUGAGGAUUUUUACAAGUUUUGUCAGAAACUGGGUGGUGCCACUGCCGAGAUCAUGUCCGACUUGCUUUCAUUUGAGGCCGACAGGAGAGCUGUUAAUAUCACCAUAAACAGCAUUGGCACUGAACUUACCAGGGAAGACCGUAAGAAGUUGUAUUCAAAUUUUGGUCUACUUUACCCCUAUGGUCACGAGGAACUUGCCAUAUGUGAAGAUAUUGAUCAGGUUCGUGGUGUCAUGGAGAAAUACCCUCCAUAUCAAUCUAUAUUUACUAAAUUAUCCUAUGGGGAGAGCCAGAUUCUUGACAAGGCUUUCUAUGAAGAGGAAGUCAAGCGUCUAUGCCUGGCUUUUGAGCAGCAGUUCCACUACGGGGUAUUUUUUGCGUAUGUGAGGUUGAGAGAGCAGGAAAUCAAGAACUUGAUGUGGAUAUCUGAAUGUGUGGCUCAGAACCAAAAAUCCAGAGUCCAUGACAGUGUUGUUUUCAUAUUUUAAAAAAUUCUUCACAAUACAAAUUUGUAUUCAUCAUCAUCAUCAUCCAUAUAAUCUUCUUUCUGUAAGCUUAAUUUGUUCUCCAAGGGCUUCUUUUUGAGUUCAUAAUAAUUAUAGAAAGAGACAUUGUUCCUCCUACCCUGUAGCAAUUGCUCAAUAAGUUGAUGUGUGUAUAAGGUUGAAUCCUCAAGUCUUAAAUCUGCUGUUUGAUUUUAUUAUUUGUAUCACAAUUCGUUGUUAUUAUUACUCUGUAUUAUCUAGUGUUGGUUAAAGCUACUAUUUUGAAGGCAU